AUGGCGAAGAUCACCAUCAUUCCUGAGGUGACACAAAAGCCUCCUACCGUGAAGGAGAAUGAAAAAUGGAUUGUGAAUGAGCAGAAGCUUUCCACUACGGGGGCAAUAAGGGGACUCACCAAGACUCAAAAGAGAAAGAAAGCAAGCUGCAGAGCUGCUAAGAAAGCAGGUUGUGGAGCCGCUUCCAGAAAGAAAUCAAGCCAUGGAGCCGCCAAGGAAGCAGGCCAUGGAGCCGCCUCCAAAAAAGAAGUAGGCUAUGAAGCCGCUUCCAGAAAAAAAUUAGGCCAUGGAGCCGCCAAAGAAGCAGGUUUUGGAGCUGUUAAGGAAGCAGGUUGUGGAGCAGCUUCCAAAAAGAAAGCAGACCAUGGAGCCGCCAAGGAAGCAUGCCAUGAAGCCGCCAAGAAAGUAGGUUGUGGAAUCACUUUCAGAGAGAAAGCAGGCUGUGGAGCCCCUAAGGAAGCAGGUUGUGAAGCCGCUUCAAGAAAGAAAGCAGGCUGUGGAACCGCUAAGGAAGCAGUUGGGGAGCCACUUCCAAAAAGAAAGCAGGCUGUGAAGCCUCUAAAGAACCAGACUGUGGAUUCUUUUCCGAAAUGGAAGCAAGUGGAGAAGCUUUCGGAAGAAUUCAAAACUCCGGAACAAUUUCAAGAGUUAGAGAAAGUUGUUUGA